CGACAAUCAGGAUUCUUUAUCUCUUGUGCUAGGGUUUACUGUCACCAAUGAGGUCUUUACCGAGGUACAGUUAUUUUGCUGAUUGCAAAUUAUACAUCCGAACCCGUCUAUUAGCUUCGGCUUUUAGCAAUUUUUGGAACUCCCCUACUCACUUGACUUUCCGUGAAGAUGUGACUCUGCAUCUGAGGAAGACAAGUGUUAGUUACUGUAGUAGUAGUACUGUUGAAAUUUGCAAUGUUUUGUUCCAAAUAUUCCCUGUUGCGUCGAUACAUCAGCAAGAUGCCUUUUGAAUGUUCGCUGAAUGGAAGGGUGGUUUAACGGUGGAGGAAUUUCGUUCGCAGAGGGAUUGUUAUAAAUGAUUGCUAAUUGAGAUGGAGGAGCUUCGUGUCGAGGUGGCGCGUUAUUUGACAUGACAAACAACUCCGGCUCGA